AGCUCGAGCUAUCGCGCGCCGGCGCCGAUAGCCGAGGCCCCUCGCCGGGACAGCAACAGAGCUGGAGCCCGUAGCGAGCCAUCCCCUGUCCUAUCUUCGCGGCGGCUGCGGCGACGACGGCGACGGCGACGACGGCUUUCCUGGUGGCAGUGGUGGCAACGCCAGAGGAGGCGGAAGAAGAAGCGACAGAAGCGGUCGCUGUUGCGGAGGGCCAGCAUCAAGAAGUCGCGUUCCCCAAAGGACAAGGGAUGCCCGGAGGCUGCAGCUGUGCCUUUAGGAUCUCUCCGGAAGCCUUCCCUGUCUCCAUUGCCUGGACCCGGAAAAGUUCACCAUCCGAAACCGCGGCACCGACGGCGCAGGGGAGGGAUCAUGGAACUCGAGAAUUUCAUGGCCAACAAUUUGUUGCUGAAGGCUCGUCAAGGUUAUUGAGGUGUGUGUGCUGGAAAGAUGGCUCAGCAGUUAAAAACCUUUGUUUCUCUUGCAAGAGAACCUAGAUUUGGUUCCUAACACCCAGUUUCAUGGAAUUAUGGAAGGCUCGUAAUCUUCCAUAAUUCCAGUUACAGAGGAUCUGACAAGCUCUUCCUACCUCCGUGGGUUCCAGGAUUUAGCAAAAAGACUGGUCGUAGUAAGAAAUGGAAAGAGCUCCUGAAGUUGCCCCCAGUGAGCAUGUGCACUGAGUUAAGAUACUCCAUCGAAAAGGAUUUUAGCAGUCUUUGUGACAAACAGCCAAUUGGAAGACUUCUUUUCAGACAAUUCUGUGAUACAAAACCAGAUCUAAAGAGGUGCAUUGAAUUCUUGGAUGCAGUGCCUGGGAUUCCAGCUUGUGGGAUGGUAUCGUCUACAUUUAGGGCAGAGUAUGAAGUGACCAUUGAAGAAGAACAAAAAGAAUUUGGACUAUCCAUCUUUAGUAGAUUCUUCAAAGAGAAGUCAGAAGUCCCCUUACCACAGAUACCUCCAGCUAUUGUGAAAGAGUGUAAAUGGAAUCUGAAGCAGAAUUCUCCCUCUCAAAAUGUUUUCGCAGAAUGUGCCGGAGUUGUCUAUAAGUAUUUGAGUGAAACACCAUUUGAAGAAUACCAAGAGAGUGCCUACUAUAAUCGAUUUUUACAAUGGAAAUGGCUAGAAAGGUGUCCAGUGACAAAGAGCACAUUCAGACAAUAUAGAGUUCUAGGAAAAGGCGGAUUUGGAGAGGUUUGUGCCUGUCAAGUACGAGCUACAGGAAAAAUGUAUGCCUGCAAAAAACUAGAAAAAAAAAGAAUAAAGAAGAGGAGAGGUGAAACCAUGGCUCUGAAUGAAAAAAGAAUCUUAGAAAAAUUGCAUAGUAGAUUUGUAGUUAGUUUAGCCUACACUUAUGAAACCAAGGAUGCUUUGUGUCUGGUGCUGACCAUGAUGAAUGGAGGGGAUUUGAAGUACCACAUUUACAACCUGGGCAGCCCUGGCUUCGAGGAGCCGAGAGCUGUGUUCUAUGCUGCAGAGCUGUGCUGUGGCUUGGAAGAUUUACAGAGGGAAAGAAUUGUAAACAGAGACCUAAAGCCAGAAAAUAUCCUCCUUGAUGAUCGUGGACACAUCCGAAUUUCAGAUCUUGGUCUAGCUAUGGAAGUCCCAGAAGGGCAUAUGGUUCGAGGAAGAGUUGGUACUGUUGGCUACAUGGCUCCAGAAAUUAUCAAACACCAAAAGUAUACAUUUAGUCCUGAUUGGUGGGGACUUGGAUGUCUGAUAUAUGAAAUGAUUGCUGGACAUUCUCCAUUCAGAAAAUAUAAAGAAAAAGUCAACCGGGAGGAAUUAGAAAGAAGAGUGAAGAAUGAAACUGAGGAGUACUCUGAGAGGUUUUCAGAGGAUGCCAAGUCCAUCUGCAGCAUGUUACUCAUCAAGGAUCCAAGUAAGCGGCUGGGCUGCCAGAGUGACGGAGCCUCUGCUGUAAAGCAGCACCCAGUGUUCAAGGAUAUUAACUUCAGCAGGCUGGAAGCAAAUAUGUUAGACCCACCUUUCAUUCCUGAUCCUCAGGCCAUUUAUUGUAAGGAUAUCUUGGAUAUUGGGCAGUUCUCUGUGGUGAAAGGAGUCAGCCUGGACACCAGUGAUGAGACCUUCUACAGCCAAUUUGCGACAGGGUGUGUCACCAUCCCCUGGCAGAAUGAGAUGAUUGAAUCUGGAUGUUUCAAGGACAUCAAUGAAUAUGAAGAUGCAGAUUUGCCAUCACUUGAAAAACACAAGAUAUGUUCCUCCAUUCUCAGACCAAGGAGAAACUUCUUCCAUAGACUCUUCAGAAGAGCGGGCUGCCUGAACAUUGCCCACAGUGAGGAGAGGGAGCCAACAGAACACUGACCAUUCACUGUGCAGACCACAAAGCAAGACCCUGAUGUUAAGAAGGAAUCUAGCACAUACUCAGUGUCUUGUCCUUUCCAUAAAUUGUAAUAAACUGCCUGUAACACUGUUUAUAAUGUGCUUUCAUGUAUUUUUUACAUUAAUAUUUGUAUUGUCCUUUUACUGAAGCUGGAUUAAAGAAGAACCCUGAGAAUA